AUGCGGUUCUGCAUUGUGCUCGCUGUCGCUCUUCCUCUCGUUCAAGGCAUUCGUAUCAUUCAAAGCAACGACGAUGGUUGGGCUGAGAUGAACCUCCGAACAUUUUUCGAUGUGCUGAGCACGGCGGGUCACCAAGUGCUACUGUCAGGACCAGCUGAGAACAAAUCAGGAGCUGGUUCCAAGGAUGAAACUCCAACCACGGUCGACUCAGAUGGUUGCGAGUACCAAUCUUGCCCCGGCGGAAGUCCUCCGACUGGAGCAAACUCUAGCGACCCACGCCUCAACUACGUCAACUCGUACCCUGUGACUUCGAUGAAGACUGGAAUCGCUGUCACUGCACCCAAGUUGUGGAACGGCGCUGCGCCAGAGCUCGCUCUUACCGGACCUAACAUCGGAGGCAAUGUCGCGAUUCAAGUGCCUUUCUCAGGAACCGUCGGCGCCGCCGUCGAGGCAGUGAAAAACUUCAAAAUUCCAGCUAUCGCUUUCUCUGGACAGACGGGAGAACGCACGGCAUGGAAUCAGGCAACGCCGCUCUCGAGCCAGAUCUAUUCGGACCUAGCGCUUAACAUAUCAAGCACUAUCAUUAACUCAGGAAAGCCCUACCUUCCUGACAAUACCUGGUUAAAUGUCAACUUCCCUGCAGUCUCGGAUACUCGGUGCAACAACGCCAAUCAGUUCAAGUACAUACUUACGCGCAUAAAUACCGGCCUUGUUAGUGAGCGGGACGCGGAUUGGUGUGGAAGCACGCGUCUGCCAUGGGAGACAGAUGUUGCAAUUGUGAGGGGUAGUAGUUGCUAUGUGGCUAUCAGCCCUGGAGACGCGAACGACAAGACCACGGCCAACGCUGCUCUCCAACAGCAAAUUAUCGCCAAGUUGAGGCCGAUUUUGUCGUGCUUACCUUGA